AUGUUGGCAGCGACGGUCGUGGCGGAAAUAAUUAUAUUCGGUUAUUCCUGGGGACAUCCCCUUGGCAUUCUUGCUUUAGGCGCAUUGAAGACCUUUGCUUAUUUCUUCACAAUUCAGACAGUAUACCAUUCUUCUUGGAGUGCAGCUAUAUUGAUCGAAAUAUUCAGCAUUCUGGUCGCUAAUAGCCCGUUCAACCAGUCGUCGGACCUCAAAGCGUUUUCAAACGUUGUCGCCUCAUUACUAGUACUUGCACAACUUACCCAAGUGCUUCCAAGUUUAAAGGGUCGAUGGAUUGUGUGGACAUUUAGUCUCGCAGCGAUAAUCCCGUAUAUCGCAAACAUAUGGACCAUAUAUGUCUCAAACAACACAAUAGUCGAAAAUCACCCCAUCGCAACAUUGAUGGAUAAAGCCAGACUUGACUUCGAAGAAACUAUCCAUAAACAAUCCCGCACAUACGCAGCUGCAUGCGAGGAGUAUCGCCGACGUUACGAGAUCGAGCCACCACCUGGAUUCGAGGAUUGGUUCCAAUAUGCGUCUGCUCAUCAGUCGCCGAUAAUUGACGAUUACGAUGCUAUAUACGACAGUAUACUACCGUUAUUGAAGCUAAGCGGGAAAGAGAUUAAUGAGAACAUUGUAAAUGCGCGAAAUCUGCCCAGUAACGACCUUUGGACCUGUACGUUUUCCGGCAGUUCACGCAAAACAAAAUGCUCGCAUGAUUUCCGCGUGCUUGAUCGGGAUGUUCAACAUACAUUUGACACCUUACUCGAGAAUAUACCCGUUACUCUCCCUGACGUUACCUUUAUGGUCAACCAUCUCGAUGAGCCAAGAGUGAUACCCCCACCACCAAACAAUAUCCAUACCAGUCCGAGCAUAAAGGACCAGUCCAGGCAAUCAACAUGGGACACAAUAUCAGCUCCCUGCACCUACCAACCCAACAGUACCCAGACUCAAGACCACCAACCCCCAGCCCAAACCCCCAACCUCCCAUUCAUCACCGAUCCAACACAAUCGAAAAACCUCUGCCUCCACCCAGGAUACAGCACAAAGCACGGCAUAUUCCUUAGCCCAACCUCCUUCCGCCCCAUAACAGGCCUCCUCCCCAUCCUCUCCACAGGCUCCCUCUCCACCAUGACCGACAUCCUCUACCCCAGUCCGGCCUACUUAGCACCGGACUUCCAAUACACCUCCGAAAAGGACAUACCAUGGCAUCAAAAACAAAACACCCUCUAUUGGGCCGGUUCUACCACCGGCGCCUUCGCCACAACCACCAACGAUUGGCACAACUUCCACCGCCAACGCUUCGUCAGCCUAGUCACAAACCCUUCACACCACCACAACAGCUACACCUACCUCCACCAAACCUCAACCUCAAUCUCCACACAAAAAUCCACUUUCCUCAACACCCGCCUCUACACCAUCUCAUUCACCCGCAUCUUCAACUGCUCACCCGCCUCCUGCCGCGCCCAACGCCGCUUCUUCCACCCGCACGCCUGGGUCGAUAAAGACCAGGGCCUACAAUCGAAGCUGAUAUUCGACCUAGAUGGGAAUGGUAUCAGCGGGAGGUUUUAUAGUCUGUUAGCGUCGAAUUCUGCACCCCUGAAACAGACCCUGUUUAGGGAGUGGCAUGACAAGAGACUGUGGCCGUGGGUGCAUUACAUCCCGGUUAGUUUGGGGAUGGAGGAGGUACCGGAGGUGGUGAGGUAUUUUACGUCGAGUAGGGAGGGGAGGGAGAGGGCAGGGGAGAUUGCGAGGAAUGGGAAGGAGUGGUUUGGGAGGGCUUUUCGGGAGGUGGAUAUGGGGAUUUGGGUUUGGAGGGUGUUGUUGGAGGUGGGGAGGCUGGGGGAUCCGGGGAGGGAUGCAUUCAUUCUUCGUGAGGAGGGAGUGUAA